CGUUAAAAAAAUUAACCGUCUCCCGACUCCCAGUCACCGUCUAUUUCGUUGUUUGUGUAUUGCUUUCAAAUUGCGUUGUACUACGUCGUCGUGCCGAUUUAUAUUACUAUUCAAACCGGUUACUGCCUAUGGGAAUAUUUGUCGGUUGUUACUCGUCACGAAUAUCAAGAUAAAUAUGUCGGCCUUCCUUUACGGGUCGCCGUUAACGAAAGACGAGUGAGUAUUUCAUUUUAUUGUCAUUAUUUUACGACAAACGUGUGAUGGCGUUUUCGAGUAGAGUAUUUUCAAUACGUAAUAAGUGUUUAUAACAAUACACCUGUUGGCCAGUUUAUCGAGUGUGUUAAGUUCAAGUCGUGCUACAAUAUUAUUAUUAUUAUUUAGUAUUCACUUAACUACCUGCGAUAAUUCGAAUUGCAUUUGCAGUACCUAUUCAUUAAUUUGGCGUUAAAAAAUGUCCGAAACCCGUCGACGACGAUGUUCACGUCGUUUAAAUUAGUGAGAACAAUUUUCAUUUUUUUGUAAUGAUAACAAUAUUAUUGUAUUAUUAUUAUGAAUUAUUAUGAAUAUAAAUGAUAUUCAAACUGUUAUAUUGAUAAUGUUAAGACUUAGUAUUUCGAUUGAAGACCAUAUUGGUAGAUAAAAUGCUAUAACGUAUUAUGCUAAUUUAAUUUACAAUUCUCUUAGUAAACCGAUAAAUGGAAAAAUAUGUACUCUAUACAUCUUAUGUAAUAUAAGAUAUUAAUAAUAUACAGUAUAGGAGUAUUUUUAAAUACUGCAAAAGUUUUCGAUUCUGUUUCACAUGAAAUGUUAUCGGAUAAAUUUAGAUAUUAAUAGUAGAUAGAAAUACGUUCUGGUUUUAGUUGUAUCUGUGUAAUAUACAACAAACUGUAAUAAUAUAUGAAAAUAUUAGUGAUUAUUAAACAAUAAAAUAUUCUUCAAAAAAUAAUUUUAACCCCGAUUAUUUUUUCAAUAUACAUAUAUAUUUUAUUUGUGUCAACUAUAAACCGAGAUGUAUUAGCAUUCGCAGAUGACAGUAUUAAUUUUUUAAAGGGGAAAUUGGUGUGAGAUAGCAAAGAAGCCAAAUUUAGGACUUGAAUUUCUAUGCAUUAGCGUGUUUUUUUCCUUUAGUCCAAAUUGAUUGGUUGUUAGGUAUCUCCAAGAUUCGCGAGACAAUUUGGCUUAUUCUUGAUUAAAUGGAACAAUUUUUUUUUUUUUUUUCAUGUUUAGAUUUUUGAGAAUCUUAUGAAUUUUAAAUGGUAUUUAUUUAAUAAACGUCUAUAAUUAUUGUUUUAUUCGUCAAAUUAUUUUUAAUAUUAGUCUUGUCUUGGUUUAUCUUAGGGUGACCAUACCUCCUGUUUUACACAGGAUUGUCCUUUUGUUUUUUAACUUUGUCCCCUGUUGUCCUGACAAAUUUAUUUCAGGACGCUUUUUACCUUGUUUUUUAUAUAUAUAUAUAUUGGUGCCAAUUAUUUCUUAUUAAUUCUUAUUUUAUUUUUAAAUAAAAUAAAUUUGUCAACAAAAAUAUUCGUUACAGAAUAUGACAGCAAUUGUAUUCAUGAAAAAUAAUAACUACAUGAAUCGAUACUGGUGAUAAUGCAUCAAAAAUAUACGAGUGUAUUUAAAAUAGUUUAUAAUAUUUCAUGAAUAAUACUUUGAGUGUAUUGCUAACAUUAUUUUGUCCCGUUGUUUUUUUUUUUUUCUAAUUCGUUUUAAUAACGUAUAUUGUGAGACAAUACAAAAGUACUAUCAAACGAUAACUGAAAUUGAUAACUGAAUUGGUAAAAAUAAAAAAAUUGUUAUUGUAUAUAAAUCCUAGCCAUAAUAAAUCCACAUUUAUUUAAUUCUCUUUAACUACCAAAUAUAAAUUAUUCUAAAAUCUUGCAUAAAUAAAUGAAACAUUUAUUGUAAUAUGUAUUGUAAUAAACAUUCCUUGAAUCUAAAAAGAGUACACACUACUAAAUAUUUGUCAAUCAUUUAAAAUGGGUACCUCAUAUUGAUAAUGUAAUAAUAUUAUAUACAAGGAAAUAUUUUUAUAUAUUCAAAAAACUACACAUAUUUUAGGUAUCAAUGUAUGUAUAUAAAUUCUAAAAUAAUAUAUUUAGCUAUAGAGUACAAUCCAUAUUGUCACAUGGUCUUAUUGUGUGGGAUUCUGCUUACAUAAUUACAUUAUAACCACUUAAUGUAGUACAGAGAAUUCUAUUAAUUAUACUAAUUAUACCUAUUAAAACAUUGUUAUAAACAAAAUUAUUAUAGGUACAGUUGAUUUAUUUAAAAUUCUUAAAAAUAUAUCUCUUGAAAAAUUAUAUGAAAAAAUGUCAAUUAUAGAAAUAUAUACAAAUAUUACAAUCGUAAAAAUACAAGAAAUACCACUAAUCAAAGCUUAAUAGCUGCUAAGUCUACUGCAAUAUUGUAGUACAAUUUCUUUUUAUAUAUAUAUAUAUAUAUAUAUAUAGAGAGAGAGAGAGAGAGUAAUUAAUCUUAUUAAUACCUUGUCUUGUGUCAUUAAAAUUUCAAAAUAAAUUUUAAUUGUUAUUAAUUAUUAAAAAAUAAUAAUAUUUCAUUCAGCAGUUUAAUAAACUAUUGUUUAGGUUAGGUUAAAAAUAGUUUACUAUAUUAUAUACUCUCUUUGCGGAUAUUUAUCAGUGUUACUUAAUAUUUAUUAAAAAUGUUGCAUUUCAUUGUUUCAGCUCUGAUUUAAUGAAAACAACAGGAAUAAAUUCUUCUAUGAGGUAAGUUAAAUGUACCCAAGUUAGUGAUAGUAAUUUAAUUUAAAGCUUCAAUGUAUCUGUGAUUUUGAAAUUGAUGAUAAUUUAUUGAAAAUUUAAUAGAUUAGGUAAACCUAUCAUUUAGUUAUAUCAUUUCUAUUUAGCUAGUCAAUAUUGAUAAAUACUCUUAAUUUUAUAAACCCAAUACCUAAGUACUAUGUUAAAAACAAAUCAAGUUAACACUUGUUAAAAUAAAAUAACUAUACAUUUAAUGUAAUAAAGGUUUUUUUAUCCUGUCAUUUUGCUUAUCCUCAAAACUUUUGGAAAAUUUUUACUUUAUAUUAACUUUUAUUUUUAAAAUUUUACUGUUCCUAGCCUAUAUUACUGGAAUAAAUGUAUAUAAAACACACUACAUAGGUGUCUAUUUGCAAUAAAAGUAUAUGUUGAAAAUUAAUUAAUUAAAAUUAAUUUUGUUUACUGUACUCAGUCAAACAGUAGGUAUUGCUGUAUAUUUCUUUUUUCUUAUACAAUAAUGGCUUAAAAAUUAUUUCUGUAUACAAUUUUAAAAUGACACACAAAUAUAUAAAUUAAUAAUAUUUAUUACGAUAAUUUAAAUGGUUACAAAACCAAAUACGGGUAUAAUAUAGGGCGUGAAUAGAAACAGUAAUUAUAACAAUAACAGAUACUAAAUGGAGGUAUGGAUAAAGGUAUAGAAUUUGGUGUAGUCAUUUAGGAUCCACGCACAGGGAAAAUUAGAAACUAGAUAAAGAGAGCUCAGUGAAAAUUUUUGAGCUUUGCUUCUUAUUUGCUAAAAUUGAUCAUCACAUGAGUAUGAUUCUGUGUUGAAUGCUCUAGGUCUGCAAUCCUUGGUAGAUAUGCAAAGAAUUGCUUACCAACUGUUCUUAAGGAAGCUUACUGAGGUAUGACGAGAGUUAUCAAACUGAAUUGCAGUUAUAAAUAUGAGCUUUAUAUAAAUAUAUAUGACCCAUUGUUUGUAAAAUGUUGUAUUCUCAGAAUAAUUUUAAUUUAACAUAUUUUAAAGAGAAUUAUAAACUUUUACAUUUGCAUAACUUAAUAUAAUUUCAACCACCAAAGAUUUUUUUUCUAUUUAUAUGUAAAUUAUUAAAUAAAUUUUAUUUUGAAUUAUUGAGAUAAAUCUUAAUUCCUGUCUUAAUAUAUAAAAUGAAUAAAAACAAUUUUUUUUUUAUAUUACAUUUACCUAAAAUUAAAUUUGAUUAAAAUAUUAACCUUUGCCAUUUGAUUUAACUUAUAGUUCAGAUGCAAAUGGAAUUAAAUUAAUCUUGGAUGAAUUGUAUGUAUAUUCAAAAAAGGAAAUUCUGAAGGUUAAACAAAAUCUGGAUGAUAUAUAUGGCGCUAAUUCAGAUGAAAAGAAAAAUGGCAUGAAUCAACUUCGUGAACAUUUUAAACUUCAUGUAGCAGUAAGUUGUUAAUAUUUUAUGAUUGUAAUAAUGUUUAUAAAUAAUCUAAUUUCUACUAAAUUAUGUAAUUGUUUUUAUUUUCCAGACUUUUUUUGAUGAAGUUGUUUUAGAAUCGGACAAAGAUAAAAAUAAUGUUAUUAAAGACAUUGAAGAACUAUUAUCUGAAAAAGAAGUGUUAGAAAGAGUCAGUCAAUAAAUAUUUUACUAUUUGAUUUAUUUAUUUAUAUAUUCUUUAUAUAUUUAGGAACUAAAAAUGCAUAUUAACAUUGAUGAACAAAAUGAUUCCACACCAUUAAUUGAUGUACAAAUUGCUAUUGAUAAAGCAUUAAAAAAUUGCAGACAAAUCAAAUUAGACCGUAUGACAGAACUAAAUAGACUUCAAGAAGAAGUAACUAGAACCUUAUAUUAGAUUAUAUUAAAUUAUAUAUUUCUAAAUAGGUUUGAUCUUUAUAGGAAAAACAAUUAUGUAAACUACUUGACAUAAAGCCUAAAUAUGCAGAUUUUAAAGAGAUGCCCACUCCGGUUCAACUAGAAACUAUAAACCAUCAUAUUACUGAUUUGCAUAAUACUCAGGUACUGUUUAUUAUUCAUUUAUCAUUGACUUGUAGUUAAUUAAUAAUUUAUUGAAUGGUUAUAUAAUAGAUAAAACGCCAGGCGACAUUUCUGGAACAAAGAGCUAAAGUUGAAAUAUUAUUUACAACUCUAGGAGAAAUUCCAAUUUUGCAUUUUGACAAAUUGGUGUUGGGAAAUCCAGAUCUGUUUCAACUGUCUAAGUCAAACUUGGACGAACUUCAAGUAAAACUUAACACAAAUUUUAUUUUAAUACCAUUAUGCAUAUUAAAUUUAUAUUAUUUAUACAGAAAUUAAUAAAACGUCUUGAAAAUCAAGCUGAAAACCAAAAAUCUAUGGCUACAGAAUUGAGAACGAAAUUGAAUACAUUAUGGAAUCGUUUGCUAGUUAAUGUUACUUAUAGAGAACGUUUUGUUAGUACCAAAUUAGGAUAUGACAAAUCUGUUAUUAAUGAAGUAUGUACAACUUAAAUAUUUGCUUUUUGUCUAAUUGUGCAGGAUAUGAUACUUAUCAUUUAGCCUAAACAUUUAACUGUGAUUUAUAUAAUUUGUUUUAUAUCUUUAAAGCUCAAAAAGGAAGUUGAAAGAUGCGAGACUUUAAAAAAAGAAAAUGUGAAACAAUUUAUUGAAAAAUUACGUGCUGAAUUAAAUGACUUGUGGGAUAGGUGUCAUUUUGGUGAACAUCAAAGAAAACAAUGUCACAUAUAUUAUAAAAAUGAGUGUACAGAAGAUGUAAUGGAUUUAUUAGACAUUGAAGUUGAUAAUGCUAGAAAAUUCUAUAAUGAAAAUCAGUAAGGAUAUCAAAUUAUCUUUAAAUAAAACAUAAAAAUGUAUUGAUUAAAUAAAAUUAUUUUAGGUCUAUAUUUUAUUUAAUGGAAGAAAGAGAAGAUCUAUGGCAAAAAAUGAUUGUAAUGAAAGAACAUGCUAAUGAUCCAGCUAGAUUAUGGCAAAACAGAGGAGGACAGUUGUUAAAAGAAGAAAAAGAAAGAAAGACUAUUCAAAAAGUAAUGUUUUGCUCAUAUCUUCAAAUUAAAAUUAGUUUUUAUUGUUUUCUUAUUAUUUUUAUAGGAACUACCUAGAGUUGAAAAAGAAUUGAAACAUUUAUUACAAACAUAUGAGCAAAGAGAAGGUAAACCAUUUCUGUUCAAUGAUAACAGAUUAUUAGAUAUUAUUGACAAUCAAUGGAAUGAAAUGAGAAACAAUAAAAAACCUAUUCAACAAACUAAGGUAACAAGAUUAUUUUAAAAAAAAAAAAAAAAAAAAACCCGUAUUUAAUAUAAGAAUUAUAUACAUUUUUAGUCAAAAAUACUAAUUGGAGUUAGACCUCAAACACCUCAAACAGUCACUCGCAGUAAGAGGAAGAUUGUUCCAGCAUCUAGUAGCAACCAAUCUUCUAAGGUCCGUAAAGUUGACACGGACCAUAAAGCUAGGGUAACAUAAUAUUAAAAUAAUACUUAUGUAUGUGUAUAUAGAAAUGUUUAUUUAUGUUAAUUACUUUUGGAUUAUUUAUAACUCAAAUUUUUAUUCACCUUGAUAUUUGAAAUUUUUUUAUAAUAAAGACAUUAUACUUAUGUAGUUACACCUCGUUUAUCAGACUUACCUAUCCAGUUUUAAUUUAGAAGUAGAAGUCUAUUAAGUGCAGUGAAUACAAAUUUAUUUUUAAUAAUACAUUUUAUUGUUUAAUUUUUUAAUUGCUGAAUUGAUCCUAAAUUAUGUCAAAUAAACGAGGUUUGGCCUAGUGUAAGUAUAAUUAAUUUUAUAUUCCUCAAAAUCACGACAAUAUAUUGAAGUUAUUUAUUUCAUUUUUUUUUUUUUUUAGGUGCUGCAUCCUAAAAGAAACUUAUUUGAUCACGGCAAUGUGGCAACAUUGGUACCAUUAAAUUCUACAAAACUAUUUGAAAAAAAUCAACCGACAACAAGUAGACAAUACCAAACAUUCCGUGGAUCUAAUGAUGAAAAUGUAUCAGUAGAAUCCUAUUCAACCUUUCAGGUUUGAAUUAUGUGAGAUAAUGCGUUCCACACAUAUUACUUCAGUGUGAUUUCUUUCGCUUUAGUUUCUUAGUUUUUUUUUUUUUUUUUUUACCAUUUCAUAAUAAUGCUAAUUGUAGGUUUCUAUAAAAAGUAUAUACACCUCUGUUUACUGUCUAUCUUGCAAAACUAACUGUUUCCUUUCCUGGACAUUAUACAUUUAAUUGUUUAAAAAUAUUAUGUUUAUGUUUAUAUAUUGUGAUCAUGGUUUUAUGACAAAUAUUUUAUUUUAAUAUAGAAGUAUUAGGAAACCUGGAAAUCUGGUAUGGCCAAAUAAUAUUAGUUUCAUAUUGUGUUAACAGUAACUAAGAACUAAAGCAUUAUAAAUAUCACAACCAAUGAUUACUGAAACAAUACAAUUCCUAAAUAAAUACUACCAAAAACACGGCAACAAUUUUAUUCCAUUCUGUUCUACAAAUUUGUCCAGUCUACUGUAAUUGGGAAUAUUUUGUUUUCUCACCAAAUACUGCAAAAAGAAACUGAUAUUUAUGUAUUUCCUAUUAUUUGUAUAAUCAAUUUUGUAUCAAUUUACUGUGCUUUUGUCUAAUACAUUUAGAUGUUAUAAAUAUAUUUGAUGCUUAGCUUUACAAUGAAUAAACAAAUGAUGUUUUAUAAUUUGUUUUAUUUUUGCAAAUGUAGUGCUAUACAAAUGUGUGUUUCAUAAUAUGUAUCAUUUUUUUUAUUGCAAUUGCUUAUUAGUAUUACUAUCAUUAAAUCCACACUUGACAAUGUAUUUUAUUUUUGUUUUAGGAACAUCUCGAAUCUAAAAAGCAUAUGUUGUUUGCAAGCCCUACUAAAAAUAUAUUGGGGGAACAAAAUAAUACACCAGGGAAACGUUUAAUGAAAACACCUAUUAAAGGAUCGCAAAUUCCAAUACCAACAACACCUAAAACUCCAAUACGGACAACACCAAAAACACCCAAUACACGUACAGUUACCAAACUUACAAGGACAAUCACGAACAAACUCCCAAUAAUUUUUUAAACUUUAAAAGUUUCCUACUAUUCUUAUGUUUUUUAUUUUCAUCUUAUGUACUUGUAUUCAUGUCAUUUCUAUAUUAUGUACAUAUUUUAAAUAAUAAUUUGUAAAUUUGUAUUCUACACUUCAUAUGUUUGUCGUAUAUUUUAAUUUCUGAUGAAUUGUAUAUUAUAAUUUGUUUUUUUAUUUUAAAAAGGUAAAAUAUAUAAUCAAAUAAAGGGUAAUUUUAUAUUUAAUGUUAAGUUACAUUCUAUAUGUAUUUUUUAUUUUAACUGCACUUAAUAUUUAUAUAUGUUAUAAUUAUAUUUGUUUUAAUGAUGACAAAAUAUAUUUUUAAUUUUUAUAUUUAGUAUUCAAGAGUAUAAAAUUCCAAUAUUUAGUGUUAACACAUACAAUAUUAUAAAUACAUUUACAAGAUAAUAUUUAUUUUUGUAUAUAUUAUAGAUUUAUAGCAAAACGUGAUUAAUGACAUACAAAUUAAUGUAUGCAAUGUGUAAAUAUAUUAACUUAAAGCAUUAUUUUUAGUACAUUAUGUUAGUCAUAAUUUUAAAAUAUUAAAAAUAAGGUGAACAAAUCAAUAAAUAUUUUGUACUGAAGCUGUGUUUAUGAUUGAAACUUGACUGUAAAAAAAUUUAAAAGCAUUAGUUUAACACUAAAAUCUAUAAUAUUAAGCUUUUACGUUUUAAUUUGAUUAGUACGCUGCUAAAUCAUAAGAUUGGCCAAUUUGGUCAGCAAUGUCUCUAUACUCCUGUUGAGCUGUGUCAAGUUUCUCUAAAACA